GGAAGGGGGUUAUAUAACACUGCCUACUCUCUCAUUUUUUCUGAUCUUAAACUUUUUUUAUAUCUUCUUCUCUGAACGCACAGACUUUGGUUUUCAGGUUCAGUUUUGUAAACAAAUUCGAACACCCCCCCUCCAAAAAAAAGAAAGAAAAAAAGGGUCGAGUUCAGUUUUUGGAUUAGCGAUCAAAUUCAAGGUCGUCUAAAUGGAAACAGUAAAGAAGAGAUGGAAGAAAAACAUGGUUGUCAAGGCCUGGGAAAGAUGCUGCAAGACAAGAUCGUCAUCAAUAUCUUCCAACACGACUCAUGCGGGUGUGGCUAAGGCAGCUCCAGAAGGAUGUUUACCCGUUUAUGUCGGACCCCAAAGACAAAGAUUCGUAAUCAAGACCGAGUUUGCCAACCACCCAUUGUUCCGGAUGUUGUUACAAGGCGCUGAGCUUGAGUACGGCUUCAGCAAUGAAGGUCCCCUUCUUCUUCCUUGCGACGUUGAUAUGUUCAAACAAGUUUUAGCAGAGAUCCACAGUGGAGAUCAACAAAUAUUAACUCCCCUUUGUACCCCUUCUCCCCGUCGUUCAAGCUUCAAUAAAGGCUAUUACGGAUCAUAUCAACUUCUCACUCCAUCUUGAAUGCUUAAACACUGUAGUUAGUAUAAAUUACUGUGUGGUUUUUGGUCUUUUUAAGUAGGAUUAGCUUUUAGGAAGGCCAUGCAAUAUACAGCAAUGUAAUGAAAAUGAUGUAUUCUUAUCAUAGUUUAAUACUAGUAAACAGCUUAAAGUC